AUGACGGUAUUUGAUCAACUACAGGGUUUCCUGGAUAGACCAGAUAUUCCUUUCAAAAGCAUAAUUGCCGGGAUUACAGUCGGUAAAUUCGCCUUUGAAACUUAUUUAACAUACCGUCAAUACAGGGUUCUAUCUAAAAAAAAGCUUCCUAAAGUAUUGGAGAACGAGAUUGAUGAUGCUACUUUUCUUAAGAGUGAAGAAUACUCUAGAGCCAAGGCUCGUUUCUCUGUGGUGGUUGAUAUCUAUGAAUUAGUUCAAAAAUUGGCCUUUAUCAAGUUUGAUGCAUUUCCACGCCUAUGGAACUUAAGUGUCCAAGUAGCGAACGUUUUAUUACCGGCUAAAUUCAAAGUAUUGUCUACAGUGGCACAAAGUUUGUGUUUCUUGAGUGUUUUGACCAAUUUGGCCACUAUCGUUGAUCUACCUACUUCGUACUACCAACACUUUGUUUUGGAAGAAAAAUUUAGCUUUAACAAGUUGACAAUCAAGUUAUGGGUUACUGAUAUGUUCAAGAGUGUAGCCUUAAGCCAUGCUCUAGGUGGUCCAAUACUUUAUGGUUUCCUGAAGAUUUUUGAAAAGUUUCAAACCAAUUUCCUAUGGUACAUCUGUCUAUUUGUCUUUGUCGUCCAAAUCCUAGCCAUGACUUUGAUCCCCGUAUACAUUAUGCCAUUAUUCAACAAGUUUACACCUUUAGAAGACGGCGAACUGAAGACUUCAAUCGAGACCUUGGCCAAGAGAGUGGGUUUCCCACUGGACCAAAUAUUCGUGAUCGAUGGCUCAAAAAGAUCCUCGCAUUCGAACGCUUAUUUCACUGGCCUACCGUACAUGAGCAAACGUAUUGUCCUGUUCGACACGCUAGUUAAUGAGAGCUCCGUGGAUGAGAUCACUGCCGUCCUCGCACACGAGAUCGGCCACUGGCAGAAGAAACAUAUUAUGAACAUGGUUGUCUUCAGCCAAGUGCACAUCUUUGUCAUCUUCUCUCUGUUCACCGGUGUAUACCGCAACUUAUCCCUCUACAACGAUUUUGGUUUCUACAUUGGCACUUCUGAUUCACUCCUAAGCUCAGCAACUAAAGUUUUUACUCCAGAAUGGCCUAUCAUUGUCGGAUUCAUGCUAUUCAGCGAUCUCCUUACUCCAAUGGAAUGUUUCAUGCAAUUCAUCAUGAGUCUGGUUUCAAGACUACACGAAUACCAAGCAGACACCUAUGCCAAGGGUCUUGGACUUUCCAAGAACCUCUGCCAAGCACUCAUCAAUCUACAAAUCAAGAACCUCUCUACCAUGAACGUCGAUCCACUCUACUCGAGUUACCAUUACUCCCACCCAACGUUACCAGAGAGACUCACUAACUUGGGUUAUGUCAGCGAGAAGAAACAGCAUUGA